CUACAUUCAGUAUCGUAGCUUUCUGUUGCAAGUUAAACUUCAAAAAUGAAGUUUUUAAUCACUGCAUCGAUUUUACUGGUUAUUGUAGCUUCUGCUACUUCCUCAAGAGUACGUUUUGAGGAUUCUAGCAGACAACAAAUAGAAGAAAGAGCCGGAGAAGGUAUUGUGGACUUACUACAAGCGUUUUCAAAUUUAUUAAAAAAUAUCAUAGGAAUAUUGGAUGGUAACUCGUCUGUGCAAGAUUUGGUCACCGCAAUCCAGGGACUAACAAAUACCGUGGGAAAAAUGGUGAAUGUACAGGAACUUGUUAGUUAUAUUCCCUUCAUAGGGUCGUAUUUAGUACCAGUUGUUGGUGGUUUAGCGACAAUAGUAGGAGAUUCGACAAUGUUGGGUGGUUUACUAUCACAAGUUUUAAUAGGUCCCAGUUACUCUUAACCGACGUUGAGUCAAUAUAAAAUAGAAAAUUUCUCUAAUUUAAAUGAAACUCAGUUUAUAUCAUGUUAAUCUAGUCGUAAACAAUCUCUCCAGCAAAGCCCUAUAAAGAUUCAUUGUAAGUAAUUAAACGGUUUUAAA